AUUCACCUUGUUUAUAUUUAGUAUUCACACCUAGGUAUACAGUAUAUAGUGUAGUAUAGUUCAACCGCCUAUCAGAUGUCACUGUACGCUAACCCCGCUUAAAUCCGGGCGGUGAUGGAUCGGAUCCCUCCGAAAUCCCGAAAGCUAAGCAAGCUUAAGCUCAUCAACAAUCAACCACCACACCGAUCAAGCUCCCCAAUCUCUCCACCCAAUCUCCCAUAUCACCAAAUCGACAUAAGUCAAAUAAUCACUCAACAUGGACGCCCCCAAAAACCGAAAACAACGCCGCGCAGCAGCCGCAGCCUCGUCCAGCAGCGACAGCAACGCGUUCGACCCAUCGUCGAUCCCAAUGGCCAGACCCCCACAGGGCUCAUCCAUAUCGCAGGGCAAAAAGCUAGUGGACAUUAUCGCUGAGAGGCAGAGCGAGCUGCUGCACCGCGCGAACACGUCCGCCGCGUCUGUGCCGGGGACGCAGUUCGUGACGAUUGAUCCUGUGACGGGGAAGAUGUCGAGGACGCAGUCUGGGGGGUUUGUGGAGGAGAUAUCGUCUGAUGAGGGAUCACACUCUGACGACGACGACAACGACGACAAUGCAUCAUAUUCAUCCGGCGAUGAUGAAGACAACGAAGACGACGAUAACAGCAACAAUCAAAAAGAAACAACCGACCACCCCAUCCCCCCCCUAAUCGACACAAUGCUCCUCUCGCUCCCGCUCACAACCCUCCACCUCACACUCAGCUACCUAGCAGCGCACCAAUACGCAGAAAGCAUCGCACUAGACGAACUCCUCCGCGAAUCCGCCUUCCUCACCUUCCCCAUAUUAACGCUCCUCAUCCAUCUCGCCCACGGCCACAUCGUGUCUUUCGCGCGGGUCUGGCCCCACAAGCCCGAACCCGUCUCGCUAAUCCCGUGGUCCAACGACAAGUUAUCUCUCUCGUUUCUGCGCAAACUGCUCUUCCCGCCGACGUGGCGGACGGUCGUCUUCUUGCCGGUUGCUAUUGCCCUCGGGGUGAAGCUGAUGACCAUCACUAACGAAGACCCAUACUACGCCGUGAUGAAGCGCGCGCCGGCCAUCGGCACCAUCUGGGUGUGGUGUAUACUGGAGAUGCCAGUGGGGGCAACCGUUUUGGGAGCGUUGGGGCCGUUGGUGUGGGGGUUUGGUGGAGGGGGUAUGGGAUUGUUUGAUUUGUUUCUCAUUUUUCUCUUCUAUUGCAUUGUACGGGGUUUGUUUUUUCGUCUGGAUUGGACGGUUGAAUGGAUGGAUGAAUGGAUUUGUUGGCAGCCGGUGUCAGGAUGAAACAGACCACUGCAGCUGGGAUCCCCAGCUCAAAAGACACCCACAUCACAUUAUCCUUGAACCCUGACCCUGACAUACCCUGACCCUAGCCGUAAAACGUUACUCAAAUCGACGUCGCACAGCAGAUAUCCUCCGUAGAUUCGAUCGCUCUCGAUCGUUGC